GCGUCAUCAUUUGCGAGCCGUCUCGUUAUCACUAGGACGGUGAACGCGCCUUUACCCCCGAAAGGACAUCGGCCCUGGACGGGAACGUCUCCCCUGUGCUCCCCGACUACGGUCUGGGAGCCAAAGAGCAGAAAAGAUGCGGAGUCCCCAGGAUAUGGAUAUCCAGAUCAACCUCCUCAAACUUGCUUCGUAAUAAAUCCAAAGAGCAGGAUGAGUUCUUAGAUAAAGUGUCGUGCUCUAGGCCUGAACAAUCCAAAAGAAUAGGCUACGUGAAAUGGUCAAAUGAGGCGUUUUGCUACCAUUUCGCCCACAGCUGUUAAACAUUAAAUACCCAGAACAUAUCUGAAUAAUGCGAUGCGUCGUUGUGAUCCUGACCUGCGUCUCCCUGGCCCUCAGCCCUCCAGGAGAAGGCUGUCGUUCUGGGGAGUAUGAGCCCGCUCCUGGGAUGUGCUGCCCACUGUGCGAUAAAGGGAGUGUUGUGCUGCGAGACUGCACCGACGAGUCGAGUACCAACUGCAGACCGUGUGAGAGUGGCACCUACAUGGACGCAGACAACGGACGCAGCCAGUGUAUGAGCUGUCGACCCUGUAUCGCAGAACAAGGUCUGGGGACACAACGGGAGUGCUCCAGAGUACGGGACUCAGCCUGCAGCGUAUUGGAUGGCUUCUACUGCCAAGCGUCCAAUCAGGAGUCAGGCUGCUCCCUGGCUGAGAUGCACACUCGUUGCACAGCUGGCCAGACGGCGGCGGAGCCUGGAACCAGGACCACGGACACGGUCUGCGAGGACUGCGCGACAGGGUUUUACUCUCCAGAUGGAACAAACUGUACAGCAUGGAACAUCUGCGUGGAUGGAGAGGUUGAGCGGCACGAAGGCAGCCGAACCAAGGACGUGCUCUGUGCUAAAGCCCCAGGCAGGCAUCACUAUGUCAUAAUAAUACCAGUACUGGUCGCCACCGGAGCUGUGGUAUGGAUGCUAGUCCAUGCCUCUCGCCACCAGGGGGGGCUGCAGCCCCCCCACUUCCAGCGUCCAUGGUCUGGGGCCCCCUGCUUGAGCUGCUCCCCCCGCGACCCGACCCCGGAUAAGCGGACGAAAAUGAGAUGAUGAGAACCAAAGAACCGAUGUACAAGCCGCAUUGUAGGAUUGAAAUUGUUUGGCUGAUUACAAAUAUUAUUACAACAUUGAUAUGAAUAUUGUUUUGUCCCAUAGGCAUCAGAGGAGGUGGACAGUGAAGAGUUGGAACCCCAGCAAAGCUUACUGUAACCCAAUUGAAGCAGCAGUAGUUGGUGUUGAGGUGAUGUUAACAUUCUGUGAUGUCAAGCUUUCAGGUCCCACAUUGUCCCGCUUCUUACACGGCUACUUGCCAAAACGAAAAAAACACACGGUGUGUGUUUUAAAUAUAUUUGUUACCAGCGUUCGUAGUAUUGAUCAGCAGAGAAAUAGUCUGCCAAAGACGUUGACGUUGCUUAGCAACCGAGGACGCUGGGGUUGAGAAGUUACCGGACUUCUUGCGGAGUGAUACGGAAGACAGCAAAAAAAUCAUUUUCCUUGACAGCGGUCAUUAUAUGCUUAGCAAUGGUGAAUUAUCAAAAAAAUAUUCACUGCUGGAAGUUUUGAAGGCCGUUGCAAGUGAGCGUUCCGCAGCAAUGAGAAGAGCCGUGUAAUGAAUAACGAUAGUCACAUUCAUUAUUCGAUAUUCUACAUGACUCAGACUAUUUGACUAUUCGACGAUCGUUGCCCAUCCCUAAUAGUAAUACAUGGUUAAACUUAGAUGAAAAAAGCAAUAAUUGCAUGACUUGACGAGUCCCGAAGCUCGAGUCUGAGUCAAGUCUGAAGUCUUUUGGGUGGAGUCACAUGUCAAGUCUGAAGUCACAGUUUGUGCGACUUGAGUGCGACUCGAGUUCGAGUCUCAGACUCGAGUCCCCAUCUCUGGUGUGUGUGUGUGUGUGUGUGUGUGUGUGUGUGUGUGUGUGUGUGUGUGUGUGUGUGUGUGUGUGUGUGUGUGUGUGUGUGUGUGUGUGUGUGUGUGUGUGUGUGUGUGUGUUAACCUCCAAGUGCCUUAGCGUUUCAAAAUAACAAUGUUUAGGCUGCGGCUGAUUUUGUGUAAACUUGCAGUGCUUAAAAACAUCGGGCCCUCGUGAAACAGGCGGUUGCGCGGUCGUUGUGCGUGGGUUGUGAUCACCUUGUGCGAUGGCUUGCAAACCUGCUUAAUAAUAAUAAUUGUAUAAGCUUUAUAAGGCCGAUUAGCAAGGCUAACUUGCUCACUUAUUUCAGGACUCAAUGACUACUGCCGCCUCUGGCAUGGCUCCAACCAAAACAUUGGCGGGUAGUUUCAAAAAAACAAUGUUUAGGCUGCGUCUGAUUUUGUGUAAACUUGCGGUGCUUUAGAACGCAACAGCUGACCUCCCAACGAGUAUUAUGGUACCUUAACGCAAAGGCAACUUUAAGCUAUCUAUUCGAACUGAACCUGUGCUAUGGCGUAGCCCUACUCAUGUUUUUCUCCUCCAGUUCUCCGUCAGUUAGAGACGGCAUCAUAUUUAUUGAGUGCUUAUGUUUGACAAGGCAUUAGCAUAUGCUGCCGGGAAGUGCUUGUAAGAGUCCUACAACUCAUCGUUCUAACUCACGUUGCAUAUGUUUCUAAUCUGAUAUAUGUUGAAUAUAUCUAAGUGAUGUGUUUUUGGAUGUGCAUCUUGAAAUUACUUGUGAUUAAAAGCAAUAAAACAGUUGACCUGAUAGUAGAUUGAAAGUGUUUUAGUGUUCCGUUCCUCAAGGGCCCCAGUGAUCACGGGUGGGGGCCCCACCCGUCAGAGGCCAGCCUCUUGGCCGGCCCUGGAGGAAGGCCGAGCUCUCUGAGUGGCCAACGACGUGCGUCGCGACGUAGGUCGCAUUGGUCGGGUCGUAGGUCACAUUGGUCGUGACGUAGGUCGCAUUGGUCGCGAAGUAGGUCGCUCGUCUGGCUGCUUUCAGUCGCUGUGGUCGCUGACUGGCUUGGUCGCUCAAAAUCUAUGGGCGGUCGUUUAUCAGUUAAUUUGCAUGUUAAGGUAACUUAACGGGUUUUUUGCGACAGUUGAAGAACCAGAAAGCCAUGCUCUCUGGCGAAAGCUUCCUACAGCUCUUUAUUGCAAAUAUUAUUUUAAUAUGGAAGUAGGCCUACAGUUUAAAAUGAUGAAAUCGUUGGUCCAUCAGUAUCAAUGAAAUAUAUUAGUUGUAAUUUGGGGCGGAUUCAAAUAAUGUAUUUUAGAUAUUAUAUAGCCUAUUUGUUUUCUUAAAUGACAGUAAGCCUAAUAAGGUAUAUUAUACACAAAGUUCUUUGUUAUAGAGUGAUAUAUUAGUUGUAAUUUGGGGCGUAUUCAAAUAAUGUAUUUAAUAUAUUAUAUAUAGCCUUUUUGUUUUGUUAAAUGUCAUUAAGCCUAAUAAGGUAUGUUAUGCAAAAAGUUCUUCGUUAUAGAGUGAUAUAUGUAAAUAUAAGUGCACAUUGUAAAAAAAAUUGUCACAGUGGUACAAGCGGAAGCGUCGCCGGGUUAGGAUUCAAGUAGGCGGUUGUUCGAUUCUCUCUGGGAUCAGAUACAUUUCUGCUCUUUUAGUCAAACUUAUUGACGCAAUCGGCGUCUUUCAUUUGAACAUUUUUGUAUGAUUUAGUACGAUGGUAUGAUAAUUAUACGACGUAAUGACGGGCUGCGACGCCUUGCUGGUAUCGGCUGGCUGGCAGCGACGACAGGCCAGCCACGGCAGGCCGCUGUCUGUGGCGCCACUAUCCACUCGCCAUAUCCACUCGCCAUACUACUGCGGCCCUGCCUGCCCUGGCUGGGAGCCCUUGUAGCUGGACGUCUGCGGUCCACGGAGUG